AUGGACGUUCUCGGCGAAAUUGUCUCCCGCCUCUCCCACAAGGAUUACGUCCGCUGCACCGCCGUCUGCAGGAGUUGGCGGCAGUGUCCGCCGCCGCCACGCCCCGGCGCCCGCUCCAUGCGACUCUUCAUGUUGCCGGAGAACGGCGAGUGCAGGAUCAUCGACCCUUCACGCAACGCGGUUAUCCACGUAGAUUUCCCGGAACUUGCGGGAGUCGAUGUCCUCUCCUCCAAAGCUGGUUGGCUUCUGCUGCGGCGGACCGAUCUCUCGCUCUUCUUCUUCCGCCCCUCAACGAGGACCUGCAUAAACCUUCCCCCGACCAACCGCGUCCUGUACCCUCAGAACUGCACCGCCGCUUUCUCCGCCGCACCGACCGCUCCGGACUGCGUCGCCGUCAUCCUCAACUGCUUGCUCGGUCGCACAGAGGUCUUGACAUGGCGCCCCGGCGAUGAUCGAUGGACGGUCCGCAUCUUCGCCGAGACAUUCGUCUUCACCAGAAUCUACGAGCUCUUUGCCUGCGGCCAUGUCUUCUAUUGCCAAGGGUACGACCUCAGGGUCUGCGUCUUCGACUCGAGGGAAAGCACAUUGCGAGAAGCUGAAGUGAUCAGAGAUUUCACUUACGCGGAUUGUGAGACCUACCUGACGGAGUUCGAGGGGGAGCUGCAUGUGGUGUUCAUCGGGGGUUGCUGCACUAGGGUUUGUGUUCACAGGGUGGAUUCCUCGUUGACUCUGAAGGAGGAGGUCAGGAGCUUGGAGGAUCGGACUAUUUACGUGGGUCGAUGGAUGGCGGACAUGGUGAGAUCGACGGAGGGGCAGGUGAUGAACAAGGUCUAUUUCCCCAUAACCUUGACGAGAUCAGACAAAUACUUGCAGCACUUCUCCAUGAAGACGGAGAAAUACUAUCCCAAUCGUCCAUUGAACAUGCGGAAGAAACUCCGCACCAUGUGGGACGAUAGGAUGGAACAUCGGGUUUGGAUCGAAGCCGACAAGAGCAUGCUGGAUUUGGAAGAGUCGAUGAGUUCAAGUCGACAUUGA